AAAGAGUCUUUCUGUAAUCUCUCUCCUCCACCCCAUUUAAGGGAACACGCGCGCUUCUUUCUGCAAUCUUUACCGCUGGUUUUGUUUUGUUUUGUUUUUUUCUGCCUUUGCCCCUUCAAAAUCGCUUCUUUACCAAAUUUACGUUUCAUUUGAGGGAUGCAUUGUUGGGAUCCUAUUCCUGUUGGCAUCUCAGAGUUGCUGAUGACCACCUCGGCAAUGCUUACCUUCUGCUUUUCUCUUAUUACAAAAUCCAACAAACCCUUUUCUUUCUUAGCUUAGAAUACCUCGAAAGGUAUCCAUUCAUUCACUCUUCACGCACCUACUUUUUUUUUUUUUGGGAAAAAAAAAGUCAAAUUUUUCGGCUAUGGCUUCUCUUCCUUAUUUUGCUAAUUCUUGAUCUGUUUUUGCUUGUGUGUCUUUCUCGUUCGCUUGAUGCUUCUUCUGCCCGUUUUGUGGUUGCUGCUUUCAAGGGUUGUCCAAAUUCGUCUUGGAAUUUGAAGUUGUGAAUGUUGAAGAUGGGUUCUGAAGGCGAGGGUGUUAGGACACCAAAGAUGGAAUUGGAAGCAGAAGGAACUUUAAAUUCAAAGAUGAAGGGUGUUGGAAACCAGAGCAGUAAAGACAUGAUUUUCAGAGCUGACAGAAUUGAUCUUAAGAGUUUGGACGCCCAGCUAGAAAAGCACUUGAGCAGGGUUUGGUCGAGAAGCCUUGAUACAAAAAGGCCUACAGAAGAGUGGGAGAUUGAUCUGGCCAAAUUGGAUUUACGGUAUGUUGUGGCUCAUGGGGCCUAUGGUACUGUAUACAGGGGUACAUAUGAUAACCUAGACGUUGCAGUGAAAGUGUUGGACUGGGGUGAGGAUGGUGUAGCCACUGCUGCUGAAACUGCUGCUUUACGGGCAUCUUUUAGGCAGGAGGUUGCUGUCUGGCACAAACUUGAGCAUCCAAAUGUGACAAAAUUUAUUGGAGCUUCAAUGGGUGUUUCAAGUCUUAAGAUUCCCUCGAAAAACUCUUCGAGUGGGACUGAAGAGACCCUUCCUUCUAGAGCAUGUUGUGUUCUUGUUGAGUUUCUCUCUGGUGGGACACUAAAGCAAUACUUGAUCAGAAAUAGGCGGAAGAAACUUGCUUAUAAGAUUGUGAUUCAGCUGGCUUUGGACCUCUCUAGGGGUCUUAGUUAUCUGCAUUCGAAGAAGAUUGUUCAUCGCGAUGUGAAAUCAGAGAAUAUGUUACUAGAUGCCAACCGGAAUCUAAAAAUAGCUGAUUUUGGAGUUGCUCGGGUUGAAGCUAUGAAUCCAAGUGACAUGACGGGUGAAACUGGAACCCUUGGAUACAUGGCCCCUGAGGUUCUGGAUGGGAAGCCUUACAACAGGAGGUGUGAUGUCUAUAGCUUUGGCAUUUGCUUGUGGGAAAUUUAUUGCUGUGAUAUGCCUUAUCCAGAUCUAAGCUUUGCUGAUGUAUCAUCUGCAGUUGUUCGCCAGAAUUUGCGACCAGAAAUUCCGAGGUGCUGUCCAAGCGCCUUGGCAAAUAUCAUGCGCAAAUGUUGGGAUGCAAAUCCAAACAAGCGUCCAGAAAUGGAGGAGGUGGUGAGAAUGCUGGAGGCACUUGAUACAAGCAAAGGUGGUGGAAUGAUACCUGAAGAUCAGGCUUCGGGUUGCUUUUGUUUUGCACCAACCCGUGGUCCCUAAUUCUUGAUCUUCAUGUUCUGUGUUGAAGAGAUGAGAUGAAGAAGCACUGCAACUGGCAAUUGAUAUUUUAUGGUUUUGCCAGUUUACAGCUGAACAUCCUUUUCUGAUGGCGAGGAUGGUUGUGAAAAGAAAGGAAGGGAAUUGCAUUUUUUUUUUAAAUUUUUGGCUAAAGGAGCUAAUCUUUUGCUUCUUACAUAAGAUAUUGUAUUUAGUACUGAGAACUGGUUCCAUUUGUGCAUGAAAAUGGGUUAUAAUGUCUAAUCAAAAUUUCCCCUUCU